AUGAAUUUGAACCUUGGCGGAAGCAAGAAGAAACAACAUCAUGUUCGGAAAAAGUACAGCAUCAUUACGUUGGAUUUAUUUAAGCCUACAAAGAAAUCAUAUCCUGAAUUCGACUAUGAAAAAAUUUGCAAAGAAUAUUUGAAAGAAGAUGAAUCAAGUGGUGAGGAUGAACGUUUCCAUGAUCGUGAAGCAGAGGAGAUAGUGAGAAGGUUGGAACAAAAAUAUGGCGGCAAGAGAGACAAGCAUGGCCAUAAGAUUCGCUUUGGUUGUGCUGAUGAUUAUAUGGAUAAAACUGCUGGUUAUGAUCUCACAGAUCCAUUUAUUGAUGACACGGAAGCUUAUGACGAGCACGUACCUUCCGCUUUGGAUACUGCACGUGGAGGUUUUUAUGUUAAUAAAGGAAAACUGGAAUUUAAAUCGAAGUAUGCUGAAGAUGAUGGAGAUAGUGAUGUUGAAGAUACAGCUGCUAAGAAGAAGGCGGCAGAAAAGAAGCGCAAAAUCUCUAGCGAUGAGGAAGAAAGCGGUAACAAACGUGCUUGCAUUUUCCCACCUGCAAAACCAUCUGUGGAUAAUACUUCACCUUCAAUGGAAUGUAUAAGAGGAUCAAAUCUUCAGUUACCGGUGAGAUUGUCUUCAUCCGGUGCUGCUCCUACGGCUAAAGCAAGCGACGCACCUCGCAAUCGUCUACUUACACAACAGUAUAUUAAAAAGCGUCGCCUUUUGGGGCAACCACCAAUGUCAAAAAUUCAGUCACCAGCUGUAAAAGCUGCUCUGGGUGUAAAAAAGAAGCUGAAGCCACAAGUGAAGAGAGCAACUGUUGGAAUGACCGAUGAAGAUUUAGUUGGAUUUUUGAAAGAUAUGGCAGGUGGUGAAAUAGAAGCUGUAGAAGAAAUGGAAAGUCAAAUCUGUCAGAAAACAACAAACACACCCAGUGAACGUGAUACUGAUGUCGAUAAACCGGUAACACCUGCUACUGAGAAAGUACUACAAUCACAGGUAGCUUCUAGUUCAAGUUUAGCUGCGUCUUCAUCCACUGUAGCCAUUCCGAAACGCUCACCUGGGCGGCCUCCUGGUUCAACAAUACAGCGCAAACAAAUGCCAGUAAUGUCGGAUAAAUUGCGAGCAAUGAUCGACACAUAUCAAGAAAGAACCAGACAAUAUGGCGCACCCAAUAAAAAAAUCCGUCUUCCACCGAGUUUGGUUGCUCUUUGCAUAAGAAUUGAAGAGCAGUGUACGGUGGAACAUUUUAAUCAUCAACAAAAAACGCGAAUUUUUGAUUCACUAGCCAGUUGGGUCUGUGUGCAGCGAAAUUCGCUUUAUAUUCGUAUGAAAGCUUAUCGAGAUCGUCAUGAACCACAUUCUGCUUCGGACUCGGAUAUCAUUACGGAUGAGCCAUUUAGUGAAAUUAAAGAAGCACACUCUGUAAAUGAUGAAAAAUUGCUUGGUUCAAACGAUUCAUCUUCUUCCGUCGUUAUAAUUUCUCCAUCACCUGUUAUUUCCGAAUCAUUACCGAGAUCUCCUUCUGAGACAACGAUGUCGGAAAAGAAGGAACAGCUUAUUGGAGUUAAAAAUGCAACAAGCAGCGAUGCUGCUAGAUCAUCAAGUACCAAACAUACUCCAAUAAUAAAGGAAAAUACUGAAAAGAUGGGAAUUACAUCAGAUGCUUCCCCUCCAUCCGUAUCUACAACCAAAUAUUGGAAUUCUUCGUCCCCCUCAAAAACAGCUUCUAAUCAGUCGAAAGCGUCGCUUGCAACGAAUGUCACUAGUGCAUUGAAUAACACUCAGUUGUUAUCUGUGUUUGCGACAGUGAUGCAACAAAAUCGUGGUGAUUCCAUCUGUCAGCAGCAACACGUUGCUGACAGUUUAACGGCUCAAAUGAAUGCUAAUAUUCUAAGCAAUAAACAGCAAUCGGAACUUUUAUCACAGUACCAGUUGACUCUUAAUAAUCUCGUAAAGAUGAAUACCAUAACAUCAGCUAGCCCUGCAUCACCAAAGCCUACUACUUCUAGAAGUGAUCCCCAGCCGUCGAAACCUCAACCAAAACCAAAUCGAUCACUUUCUAUUAACAGUUCUAAUUCAAAUUCAGUACAAACACUGAAACAGUUAACGAAUGAGAAAACUUCACAGGCAUUGAAAGAAAUCAACAAUGCAUUGGCUCAAGUUGUUUCAGAAGUAGAAAAAGCUCUUAUUCAUACCGAAAACGAAUAUGUGAAGGAGAAAGCGAGGACUGAAAAAGAAGGUAAAAUUGCGCCACUGAAACGAUUCAUUUGGACUGAUCCACUGAGGACGGCAUUGAAGAAACAAAUAACUUUGCUAUUUACUAGUUUGGAGCAACAUGGUGAUCCUAACCAUGUUGUUAAUACAACAGUUGUGCAGUAUUUGUAUUAUUCUGUUAGACCACUUUUCAAGGACUAUAUUAAAUUUAGAGAUUUGAUGUUGGAGAUAUUACGAUUAUGUCCAGAAAGACGGCAGCUAGUUCUUAUUCCUGAAAUGAAAGCGUUCAUUGAAUUAAGUGAUGCUUCUAAAACACAGCCUGGAAUAUCUCAAAUAGGAUCUAAAGUGCUGAAAACGAGAACCGAUACAUUCCCCGCCAAAAUUUCUCCGAAUAAAAACAUGUCAAAUACUGAAGUUCGGAACACAUCAACCACUAAUGUUGUGGAUUUUCGUUCGAAUACUGCCGGUAAAAAGGAAAAUCGUUCGGUGAAAUAUAACAAUGGAGUGGAAGUUGAAAUUCUGCCUGGUUCAAGUCGUCCAUCCAUACUUCACACUCCUAAGUUAACUUCUGGGCAGAAUGUCAUUUUAAUCCGAAAGAAUAAGGAACGAGAAAAAUUUUUGGCUGAAAAAGCAGUAAGUAGGGAAGCAUUCAAAGAGCGUGAAGAGGUUGAGCGAAAAUUACAGGAAGAAGUCGCUGAAAACGGACAACGAGAUGAAGAAACUAUCAAGAAAUGGGAACGAGAGGAAGCUGAGCGAUUGGAAGGAAGUAGAGAUGAAGAUGAAGAGUUGGGUGCUGUUGAGUCGAUGGAUUUUACUAUGCGACCAAAAGAUUCUCACUUGCAAGAAAUUGAGGAAGUGGAAUUGGGCGCCGAUACUGAAGUUGAUAUGAAUACCGAAGAAGACGUGAAUGUAGAUCAAAAGAAUGGAAGUCAGACGUGUAACUCAGAGAGUGAACAGACAUGUAGUAGUACUGAAACAGAACAACUUGUAGUAAAGAAAACGGAAUCAUGCAGUAAUGGUUUAUCUGAACAAAGCUCACCUCAGGAUCCUGCUACUACAAGCAAUAUUCAGUCGGUUCAUCCAUCUUCAGUGCCUCGAAUUACUCCUCCACAAAACAGCCGGCAAACAAACGUCGUGCACUUCACGUCUUCAACUUCAUCUUCAUACAAACAGGAGUCGCCGGUAGCAGUGUCGUCUCAGAAGCUUCCAGGUUCAUCCGUGUGUGCCAUCACUUCUAACUUUUCAUCAACUAGAUUCUCGGAAACGCAUCAUCAUUCAAAUUUUUCGCAGCGACAGUCUUCACAUCUCGAACAAACUACGCGUGAAUUUACAUCUCUUAGAAGCCCAAAUCCUCAAGCCAGUAGUAAUUAUCACUCAUUCUAUACGCAGCAACAACCUUCAUGGAGUGCCAAGCAACUUCCUAUUUCUUCUCCUUCUCUUUCUAACGACCGUCAUCCAGCAACGUUGCAUUCCACUUCAUCAUGCCAUCCAGCUUCCUCUUAUACGAGUAGCACUUUUACUACAUCACAGACGAUUCAGCAACAACCUGCUUUCUCCCCUUAUUCAGUUCAACAGCGUCAAAUAUCCUCCAAAAAUCUCCAAUCCCAGCAUACGUCAACAAUACGUCAUGCUUCUCAAGUUUCUCAACAACCUGUUCAAGAACAAAUGCGUCGACAUCAACAUGGUUCCACACAACAUCCAUAUAGUUAUCCUUCGUCUACUUAUAGCACUACGGCAACUAUCCAAAAGGCUACUCUUCCAACUUGCAGUAUUCCUCAUAAUGCUUCACGAGUUUACAACACUGUGCUUUCAUCUCAAAAGGUUGUUCAUCCGCAGCGUUCUGUAUCUUCAGCUGGUUCCUCCUCAGCUUUUUCACCUUUACCACAAUCACCUACUCGACAGCAGCAGUUAAUGACCCAUCAAUCAGCAUAUAAUUAUCAACAGCAUCAGUUUUUGCUUCAGCAGCAACAACAACAGCAACGACAAAAGCAUUUGUAUGAUGAACAACAACAGAAUCAACAGAAUCAGGAUCAUCAAAUGUAUAAUAAUUGGCGAUAA